AACUGAACUGAGUUCUAUAAAAGGCGGCGGUUGUGUUUGUGCCGAGCUUAAUUGGCUCAGCGCUGACAUCGCGUGCGGACGUUUAGAAAACGCGCUGAAACGAAACGGAUAAAUUUGAAAAAAAAAAAAAAACAAAAAGCGCGUUCAGUCGUGAAAUUCACAGCGCGUUGCUGCGUCCUGCCUAAAAUCGAAAUACAUAUAGACAGCAACAGACUUUAAAAUGGCGCUCGUACCAGCUACAAACAAUACGGAUUGGGAUUAUUGGGAUUAUCGUCGUCGUUUGUGGCGCGAUUGGGAUUUAACCGCCGACUGGGAUGUGCCAUAUUGGAAGCGUCUGUCCAGAGUUGGAUCCGCGCCCGAUCUUAGCCGUGUUGUGGUGGGCAAGGAUGGAUUUGAGGCCAACGUGGAUGUGCAUCAGUUUAAGCCCUACGAGAUAACCGUCAAGACAACUGGCGAUACUGUCGUCGUCGAGGCCAAACACGAGAAGCGUCGCGAUGGCGACAGUUUUGUCGGUCGACACAUUGUCAAACGAUUUGUGCUGCCCCGAGGAUAUUAUCCGAACGAUGUGCGAUCCGAACUCUCCUCCGAUGGCAUCCUGACAGUCCGCUGUCCGCCGUAUCUGAGCAACGAGCGCAGUGUCUACGUUCGUCAAGUUGGACCCUCGUAUCUGAGCAUUAAAAACUAACACAAAUAUUUGGUUGGCGAGCGAAGCGAGCAGGGGGCGAUGCCAAUUUCUGACUAAAUAAUAAAUUAAAUUUAUUACUUAGAGUCCGAUUUUUAUAGAAUUGUU